AUGGGCAUACGCGACGUUCUCAAGAAGAAGGAGAAACUCGACAACGGCGAGCACAGCAGCAAGGAUGCAGUAGACAGGCUGGCGGCCCCCGAGUUCAAAUUCAUUCGAUCAGACACACACACCCAAGAGGUCAUCCACCCCCCGAGCGGCCCCCCGGGCUUCGACGACGGGAAGGAACAGUACCUGAACCCGAAUGGCAACGACGGCAGCAGCGGCCAGAAGCCCCGGCGCAGCCUCGACGUCUUCUUCGGCAACAGUCGCUCGCGCAGCGCGUCCGCCUCCUCGCAGGCGAGCUCGACCUCCAACGCCCACUCGAACAAUGGCAAGAUUGGGAGACGGCUGUCAGAGCGGCUGCACCUCAGUCGCUCGCCCGCCUCGUCUGAAAACAUCCCGCAGAACCUACCCGACAUCGUGACCACGGCCGAGGGCGGCGAGGGGGACGAGCUACAGUGGGAGAAGCGCGCGACCAUGCUGGCUUCGGCGAAUAAGAGCAGGCCCGCGACGCCGUUGGCGAACGACGCGGGCGGUGGUGGGGAUAUGGCGAGGGGCAGGACGCAGGGCGCGGCGGUGUCGUCUCCGGCCAUUGACGAGGAUAUUCAGGAGGCCAUCCGGCUUCACGAAGCGGGAGAUUUCGAGAAUUCGACAGCCAUGUUCGCCCGCUUGGCUGACCCGAAAGGGGCGAAUAACACCUUGAGCCAGUUCCUAUACGGUCUUUCAUUGAGGUGA